AUGAGAAGGCUUUUUCACGUGAGAGUCUGUGUGAUAUGGACGAACCAUCUUGUAUGCGUACGAGAACAUCAGUUUACACAAGAAACAAAUGGCGCACCUUGGAAUUAUUGCUGGAUCAAAAAGAGUUCUUUGUGUUGGCAAAAAGCGAGACUCUUCUUUCUCACUUGUUGUCUGAGAAAGUAA